GCGGCCUUCCCCCAACAAUCUCCUAUCCUUAUCCUCUUCCUCCUCUCCCCGCCUUCUGCUCCCUCCCUUCCCCAUUUCGACCAUAAGAAUCAGUAAAAAUCCCAUAACAAUGAUUGUGUAGCACCACUCUUUUGCAUCUCCUAAUGGGGUACGUCAAAGAAGAAGGUGCAUUCUCUCAUUUCGAUUUUCCACUGGGUUUUUUCAUCGUCUUGUUGAUCAUCUUUCUGGGUUUUUGGGAAAUCCCAGAUUGAUUAAAGGGUUGUUUUCAUUCAUUAAUUUUUCACACAAUUUUUGCAGAGCUUGACGUUGCAUGUUUGAAUCCUUUUGAUGAAAAAAGGGCAAAGAUGAAAUCUGGAUUUUCUUUGCAGGGGAUGAGAUCUAAGAUCUAAUGUACGUAGUAUGGCAUUUCAUCCGGCUGAGGUUGACUCAAAUGUGAAAAUUAAGGAUUCUUUUACCCAAAACAUGAAUACAUCCCGCAGAGAAGGCGAGAGGGAUCUGGAGAAGGGGCUGUCUCUGCCUCGUAGGCCUUCCCAGUUCUUGGACCUGUCACCACUUCCUUCUCCGAGAGCAUCAACGCCGAGGCCUAGUCUGGUUCUGUCCAAUUCUGGGAAGGCCCUCAUUGCCUCAAAUUCUGGGAAGGCGCUCAUUGUGUCCAAUUCUAGCAAGAGUCUAGGAAUUUCCAACUCUGGCAAGCGAUAUGAUAAGAAGAAGUAUGUCAAGCAGGUCACCGGUCGCCACAAUGACACCGAGCUCCACCUGGCUGCUCAGCGUGGGGAUGUGGUUGCAGUCAGGCAGAUUCUUGGUGAAAUUGAUGCCCAGAUGAUGGGCACACUGAGUGGAGCAGAAUUUGAUGCUGAAGUGGCAGAGAUAAGAUCAUCAGUUGUGGAUGAGGUGAAUGAGUUGGGAGAGACAGCAUUGUUCACUGCAGCUGAGAAGGGGCAUUUAGAUGUGGUGGUUGAGCUCUUGCAGUACACGACUAAAGAAGGCAUCUCAUUGAAGAAUCGAUCUGGGUUGGACGCAUUGCAUGUUGCAGCAAGUCAAGGUCACCAAGGUGUCUGGCUACCUUUCUCUCUUCUGGUUGAACUGAAGGUGCUAUUAGAGCAUGACCCAGGGCUAAGUAAAACAGUUGGCCAGGCAAACGCAACCCCUCUUAUAACUGCAGCUACAAAAGGUCAUGCAGCAGUCGUUCAUGAAUUGCUGUCAAAAGAUCCUAGCUUGAUAGAGAUGUCAAAAGCAAAUGGAAAGAAUGCCAUACACUUUGCUGCUAGGCAAGGGCAUGUAGACAUUGUAAAAGCAUUGCUUGAUAGAGAUCCGCACCUGGCAAGAAGGACUGAUAAGAAAGGUCAGACUGCAUUGCAUAUGGCUGUAAAAGGGAUCAGCCGCGAGGUAGUGAAACUCCUUCUUCAGGCAGAUCCAGCCAUUGUAAUGCUCCCAGACAAGUUUGGAAAUACUGCAUUACACGUGGCCACAAGGAAAAAGCGUUCUGAGAUUGUGCAUGAGCUCUUACGCCUCCCUGACACUAAUGUGAAUGCGCUAACCAGAGACCAUAAAACGGCCCUUGACAUAGCUGAAGGACUUGCACACUCGGAGGAGACCUCAGAUAUAAGGGACCGUUUGACUCGGUAUGGUGCUGUCAAAGCAAAUGAACUGAACCAGCCAAGGGAUGAGCUAAGGAAAACUGUAACAGAGAUCAAGAAGGAGGUGCACAGCCAGCUUGAACAAACCCGCAAAACCAACAAGAAUGUGGAUGGAAUUGCGAAGGAACUUCGGAAACUUCAUAGAGAAGGAAUCAAUAAUGCUACCAACUCAGUAACAGUGGUUGCUGUGCUUUUUGCAACGGUUGCAUUUGCAGCUAUUUUCACAGUUCCUGGUGGUGAUAAUGAUGAUGGAAAGGCUAUAAUGGUCAGCUCACGAGAAUUUAAGAUCUUCUUUAUCUUUAAUGCUAUUGCACUCUUCACUUCACUGGCAGUUGUGGUGGUACAGAUAACAGUUGUUAGAGGGGAGUUAAAAUCAGAGAGAAGGGUUGUGGAGGUAAUCAAUAAGUUGAUGUGGUUGGCUUCUGUUUGCACUACAGUAGCGUUUAUUUCCUCAGCAUAUAUAGUGGUUGGCCGACGAAACAGGUGGGCUGCCAUUUUUAUCACAGUUAUAGGAGGAAUACUCAUGGCAGGAGUGUUAGGUGCCAUGACCUAUUAUGUGGUGAAGUACAAACGGAUCCGCAAAGUGAAAAAGAGAGAGAAGUAUUCAAGGAAUGGAGCAAACUCAUUUAAAUUAUCAGAUACUGAUUCAGAAGUAAACCCAAAAAUCUAUGCCAUUUAAUGUCAAAACUCUAUCUCAACCAGCUUAAGGUGCUUCUUGUGACAUAAUUUGAAGGAGCAAUUGAAAAGCAGGGAAAGGGUAUCUUCUCUUAAACGGGGUUUCAUGCUGUGAAGUAUACAAGAUUUGAGAAUCCUAUAGUGCAAGUCUCAGGUGUCAACUCAAGUAAAUGAUUCUUUCUUCUUCCAUUUUUUAUAUCUAAUUUUGUUUCAUCCAUUUGAGGAGGAACACAAAAUAUUGGAAUUGGAGCAUUAACUGAUAAUGACAUUGAACUCCUACACCAGCUGCAAUGUGAGAUGUUUAUCGUAUGGUUUACCCUCUUCAUCUGCAACUGCAGCUUACUUUGGUUUCAUAAAGACCUUAUUCUAUC